AUGUUUUUUGGUAAACUGGUGAAAGCCGUGGUCAUGAUGUUGAUGGUUUUUGUCGAACUGAUGAAGACGGCUCCAACAGAGAGAGGCGUUGUGAGGCCAGUCGAUCGUCACUCUCCAGAAGGACCCCUUAAGGCCGAUGAGUUCCUCAAACUGUGGUUCCAGGGCAGAGCUGAAGACCGGACCACCACGUCUGGCCUUAGAUCAGACCACAAGCAAAGACUGGAACACCACAGACCCGCAUCGGACCCUCGAAAACCAGCCUUGGACCAUCGCAAACUGGGGUCACACCAUAGACCCAGUUCAGGACCUGUUCUAGACCAUAAAUCGAGUCCCAGUAGCAGGAGGGAGCAGAUCUUGGAGAUGAUUUCAGCUCUGGAGGGAGUGCACAGAAGCAUGAACAGCACCCUGAGCUCCAGGCUGACGGUGAUGACGCGAGCGAGUGGCAGACACCCGGGAAAGAAAAAUAAAUUGUUGGACAAAACCUUGUCGGACAAAGCAGCAGCAGUUUUGAAAGUGACCACAACGCCCCCCAGUGUCUCGAACAGCACAGUGACCCUUCCCCACAAUGUGACCACAGCGAGGAGUUUGAAGAAGUCUGUGCCUCCGCUGCACAAGAAGCCCAACAAGAGAGGUGUGUAA